AUGUUUGAUGUAAUUGACGAUGUUAUGGCGGAACAAAAUACAAAUCAAGAAAAUAUAGACGAGGAGGGGCGAGGUAUAGACCCGAAAUUUGAUGAUUUGUUUAAGGAGCUCAAUACCAAGUUAUACCCUGAAUGUAGCAAUAUGUCUACCUUAAACUUUUUGGCAAGGUUAUUGCAUAUUAAAGUGAUCAAUAGAUGGACAAAUAGUUCGUUUGGAGGGCCUGUACACAUGAGAUGGAUGUAUCCUUUUGAAAGAUACAUGAAAAAACUUAAAAAUUAUGUCAGAAACAAAGCCAAGCCAGAAGGCUCAAUAGCAGAGGGUUAUGUUGCAGACGAAGCUUUGACAUUCUGCUAUAUGUAUCUUGAGGGUAUGCAAACAAAAUUCAAUCGUGUUGAUAGAAAUGAGGAUCCUGGCCUUCCAAAAAGGCAAUUUAAUGUGUUCUCAUCACAAUAUAGACCGAUGUCCACUAAGAAGCUCGCCGAACUUUGUAAAGAUGCCAAAAAAUCAUUACAUUGGUUUGUACUAAACAAUUGCGAUGAGGAUGAGCUGAAAGGAUACAUAUCGUAA